GUUGUGCGGGAGCAUGCUUCCAGCCCCGGCCAUUGCUGCUGGAUAGCGGAGAACUGGAGGGAAUGAGCGAGAACGGGGACUGUGAACACCAGACGUCCUCAGGAUUCCCCAGUAUUGAGCAGAUGCUGGCAUCGAGUCCUGGGAAGACCCCAAUCAGCUUACUUCAGGAGUAUGGGACUCGGGUAGGAAAGACUCCUGUAUAUGACCUGCUUAAAGCUGAAGGACAGGCCCAUCAACCCAACUUUACUUUUCGCGUAUCUGUUGGAGACAUCAACUGCACCGGUCAAGGACCAAGCAAAAAGGCUGCAAAGCACAACGCAGCCGAGGUGGCGCUCUCACUUCUGAAAGAAGGGGAAAUGUUUGGAGUGAUGUGUGAGGAAAACAGUGUGGUGUUGUCUGUAGAACAACCUGCAGAGCUGAAGGAAGUUGCAGAUGUGUCUCCCCCUCCGACCACCAGGAAUCACACCAUAGAAAUGAAACCCCCACUAUCGGCACAACAGUCUGAAUGUAACCCUGUGGGGGCAUUGCAGGAGCUAGUUGUGCAAAAGGGCUGGAGACUUCCAGAAUACACUGUAACCCAAGAGUCUGGUCCAGCACACCGGAAGGAAUUUACUAUGACGUGUCGAGUGGAAAGGUUCUUGGAGAUUGGCAGUGGUACAUCCAAGAAGUUGGCAAAGCGGAAUGCAGCUGCAAAGAUGCUUCUUCAGAUUCACCAGGUACCUGCAGAGCAUCGCGAGUCUGGGGAGACAGAACCCGAGGAGGAUCAGUUCUCUGUGGGGAAGCUGGAUGGAAGUCGGAGCCGCGGCACAGCUUGCACUUGGGACUCCCUGCGAAACUCCUCUGGAGAGAAGAUACUGCAUCUAAGGAGUAACCCCCUGACCAUCCUGAGCUCUGGUUUCUGUAGCCUCCUGCAGGAUCUAUCCGAGGAGCAGAGCUUUCAGAUUAGCUACCUUGACAUUGAUGAGCGCAGUUUGAGUGGACUCUGUCAGUGUCUGGUUGAACUAUCUACACAGCCUACUACUGUUUGUCAUGGCUCAGCCACAACCCGAGAUGCAGCUCGUGCAAAUGCUGCCCACAAUGCUUUGCAGUACCUAAAAAUCAUGGCAGGGGGCAAGUGAGUUUGGUGGGGGGGUGCAAAAGUGCCACUGCCCCCCCUCAGUUGUUUUAUUGUCAACACCUCACACAACCAAUUUACCUUAUUUCAGUCAUGGAAGGACUUGACUGCAUAAGCCGAUAGCCUGUCUUGUAAUUGAGCUUGAAUGAUCUGUUGAUAAGACAAAAGAAGCCCAAAUCUCUAUUCUGCAAGGCCAGCGCAACAGGACUGCCUGGUGCCGUAUAUAUCAUGGGUGCAUGCCCUGGCACAACAAUACAAUCUGAGAUUUCCAAAGGGAAAUGAAAUGCUGACUGCAGAUGAAAUUGGUCAGAGUAUAAGUGUAGUGAAUACAGCAUUUCUUAAUAUGCUGGAAAACAUUUAUCAACAACAAACAGGGACACUUGCCUCCUGUUUCAGGCACCAGCCGCCAUAUGCUGAAACCUAAAUUUCUGGCACUUAAACAAUGGGGCAAUGCCAUGUCGACUCAAGUAAGUCUAAAUAACUAGACGUUGAGCUGCCAGGGUUUAAAGGAGAAGGAAAGGCUAAAAUUAAGUAAGCUUUAUCUGAAAGGUCUAUAUAAAUACACCAGUAAACCCUCAAAGUAAUGCAGCUCUGAGUCCUCUGUCAAAAGAAACACCUAAUUUCUUUCCUUCUAUUGUGUACACAUGGGCUUCUGUAUCAGACUUCCUGUUUUCAGCAUAAACCUCCAGGGCAGGGCUUGAGCAUGCUCAGUUUGCUACUCUCCCCUUCCCUCCUCCCCACCCUGCUGUAAUCUGAGCUCAGAGCUGUAAGUGAGCAGGGAGAGACUCAGGCAGGAAGUGAUGUCACACCAAGCUUAUAUGGCAGCUUCCAUCCUAAACAAACAGAGACAGUGUCUAGAGCUGUAUACUCAGGUAUGGUAAAGCAUUCUGCAGAAUAAAUAUAACGUUCUAGCUUGCAGUAUUGUGGCUAAUCUGUUGGCAAUAAACUGUCUUGGAGCUUUCCUUCUCCUUUAGGGGUUUUUUUUGAUGAAGGGAUAAACCAUUAUAGAAUUUAGAUUCCUCUGGAAAAGGGGGUUGUUUUAUUUCUGUGCUGGUUAUUUAGGAAGGGCAACUGCAAUGUUUUGUAUGACCCUCCAUGGGCACCUCUUUAAUUCUCCUGGAAGUGUCUCUGUUGCUCUAAUUAUUCCAAUAACAGUUUAAACUCAUGUGAAAUGUCAUAACCAUGCAAUCUGCUGGCAGAUUUACGCCAAAUUACACUUAAAGUGACAAAAUCAAAUUUCUGUUUAUUUAUUUGAUCAAUUUGAUUUGUGGAACUUGUAUGCAUAAUUGUAUAUCUUUUGGUUUCCAUUUUGUCCUGUAAAUGGAAUAGAAUUGGCUAUAAACUAUGGUUUUUCUAGCCACAUCAGAGGGCAAAAUCUAUAAUCCUGUUUGAGUCCUCACAAUUGCUGGCCAUGCUCUCUCCUCUCUGCAGCAGGAGCCAAUGGGAAGUUUGUUCACAUGGUGGUUAGCUGUGAGGUCACUUUUAGGCAUCCACAAUAACCUUUUUAGAUAUUUAGCUCCUUAAUAUAAAGGCAAACUACAACUCAAAGGGCUGCAAGCAGCUUUCCUAUUGAACACAGCCCCAUGCGCUUAGGAAGAUGAUCAACACUUUAUACUUUCUAUUACACCUUCCCCAUGCACCUCUCUUCCUGUCUCCAGCUCCCCCAGAAUCUCACCUCCCAAAAUUUGGACUGGCUGUAUUCACUGCACUUUCUUUUGUCCCAUUACUUGAAUCCUCUGUUAUUUUCAUUAUUUCAGUUGCUUUAGCAUUGGGCACAGACCGAUUCGUUGUGGUCGAGAUCUUCUGCCUUGCAACAGAACAUCAAGUGUUUUUGGGACCUUUAGAAUGUGAGCUCCUCUGGGGCAGGGACUGAUGGGAAUAAGAAGCAUCUGAACUUUCUCUGAUGCCCCAUAAUAUGUUGGUGCUACAUAAAUAAACGACAAUAAAUUGAGUAAAA